CGGUUGUAAAUUCUUCACAGCCAACAUGCGCGAGCAAUGAUAACGUUUAACUGAUAAUUAAGAGUCCCCCGAAAGGACGCGAACGUCCAGUAAGUUGACCUGAUGCGUCGCGUGAUGCGCGCCUUUUCCAACUUGUUCCCUGGACGCACGGAACGCGCCGAAACGGACCGCUCGGUACACGAUCAGUUUCAAAUGUCGACGUACAAACAAAACGCUGCGUCCCUAACCUGCCUGUGAGAAGUGCGUUUCGUUGCUAGCUAAAAUACCGUAACAAUAUUUCGCAGAGAAGGGCAACGCCGAUAAACGUCCGCAAUGGACGAAGUGGUGGUGUUGCAGAAUAUAGAAAAUGUGUGUAGGCUGUGCCUCUCCGACGACGAGCCGAAAUUGUCGGUGUUCGGGACGCAAGAAACUCCGGUAUCGUUAGUCAGUAAGAUACAAGCUUGCUUGUCGAUUCAGAUUUUAGCCACAGACAAGUUGUCAACUCAGAUAUGUGCACAAUGUGUUAAAAAUGUGAAUCAGUGGCAUAAUUAUAAGGAAGCUUGUCUUCGAUCGCAAGAAACAUUACAGCAGUGGUUGGAAAAACAUUUGCAAUCUAGCCCAAUGGUUGUAACAAUCAAAGAUGAACCUGUGGAUCUCGACUUUUAUGAAGACAAUAUUGAAGUUAUUUCGGAAUCCACUGUCGAGUCCGAUGUGGAGUCAAACAAUCUUGAAGAAAGUAUAGAAGAUUCUGUGAAUACAGUUCAUGUUCAAGAAAUAACUGAUGACGAAGGCGAUCAGUUAAAAGCUCCGCCAAUAUUAACAAAAGAUUUAGACAUAUGUAUAAAGCCAGAGCCACAAGAAGACUAUGACACGGAUUGCACUAUAGAGAUAGAAUCUGUUACUGGCAGUGAACUUGUUUUGAAUCCACUUUCAAAUAAAGAAGAUACAGUAAUGGAAGCUGAUUCUACGCAGAAGUCAAACGCAUCAGCAUCACCAACCAAAAAGAAAAUUAGAAGAGGCCCUCACACUCACUACAGAGGAACACGCGCGUUUAAGCAAAAAUGUGUGCAUUGUCAAAUCUUUUUACAUUCGAAAUAUUCUUAUACAAAACACAUGGAGAGAUUUCAUACAGAAAAGCAAAAUGGAGACACAAGUGCUGUACAGUUGAAAGACGAAGAAGAGUUAGUUGAAGAUUUGGAGGAUGAGUUAAUGAGCAUGGAGAAAGAUGCUCCAUUAACUCAAGUGCAACAGAACAUUAUCAGUCAAUUGAAAACGUUCUCGUGUUAUUCCUGUCAACAAUCGUUCAACGAUCGUAGAAGUACACUGUCUCAUAUUCGUCAGCAUAUGCCGGAUCUGAGACCGUAUACAUGUAUCGCGUGUUUGACAGAAUUCCCGGAUCGAUCAAUGUAUAAACUGCAUUGUGGCGCUUCGUUUGAGUGUGCAAUGAAGAUCGCAUUGGUAAUACCAAAUGAAGGCGAAGAAAAAUAUUUCACAUGUAACAUGUGCCUACGUUCUAUGCAAAAUCGAAAGGAAUUGCUCAGCCACCUUUCAAAACACUCUGACAAGCAGUAUCAGCAACUGGUUUCGCCAUCGAGAUCACCGCCUAAAUUGAAACCAAUUUCUCCUCUACCAGCUUCUAAACAGGAACCUAUAAAAAGAUCGGUCUCAAGUGGACUGAAUAUUCCGCGUCCUUACAAAAACGGCGAUCCAGCACACAAUCACGUAUGCGACUUAUGCGGAAUGAUCUACAGAUACAGACCCAAUAUGGUCAAGCACAGAGACUUGUGUCAACGUCUUCAACCGGAAGUCCGAACCUCCUACAAGUGUAUACACUGUGGGAUGACAUACUUGGUGUUUAAAAAAUUCCAUAAUCAUAUCACCUUAGAUCACAAGAAGAAAGACUUCUUGUGUUCUGAAUGUGGUGCCAAGUUUCGUGCUUCAAGUGACUAUCUAGCGCAUCAUGAAACACACCGUGUCACGGCGAAUAAAAAACCAUCGCUUGAAAGAAAAGAUUCUGGCAAGGGUGUGCAGAACUUCUCGACGCCCAUUAAAGAUUGGGAUACGUUCGAGGCAGAGAUGAACGCUAGCAGAAUACCUGAAAGUGUCCAAUAUAGUUGCGCCUUAUGCAACUUGGAGUUUGCCACGAGAGCUGAGUUGACCGAGCAUAGAAACUUGCAUCUGAAGGUAAAAAUCUAUUCCUGCGUAAUUUGCCGUAGCAUGUUCAGCAGUGCGGGCGCGUUAGAGAUCCAUAUGAAGGACCAUGGCAUAGAGGAUCCCAAUGAGAGAAACGCGAAUAGCUCGUGCGUAGAAUAUGGAACCGUGAACGAGAGCAUGGAGAACACAAAUCCGACGAACAUGAGUGUUACAUCAGACCCGGGUUCUAACAAGAAUGAGUGUGCUCAAUGUGGCAAAGUGUUCUCGAACUACGCGAACGUCAGGCGGCACAUACGCAACAUUCAUAAGCCUAACAAGUCAUACUUGGGUUGCCCUGAGUGUCCUCGCACCUUUAAGACCAAGGAGAUUUUCGAUAAGCAUUUGACGAGUGAGCACAACAAACCCGCCAAAUCAAUGUUGCAGUGUCCCCAGUGCCCGAAGACGUUCGUCUUCCAAGCGAACCUAAAUCUCCAUUUUCAAACCGCUCAUGGAGCAAAGAGAAGUGGUGGUUACGAAUGCGACAUUUGCGGUAAAACGUUCAUUGAGGAAGCGUCUCUGAAAAUACACCGCGGUUGGCAUAACAGGACAAACUCGCGGUUGAGUCUACGUAACGCCAUCGCCCCUACCGAUAACGACAAGAAACCGAUCGCUAACUCCAUCACGAUCGUACCUAAACAGGAGAAAGUUCUGAACGCCAGCUCAGACAAACCUGCCAGAGCAAGGAAAUCGUUCCCCAAUUCGCCAUCAAUGAAACCGGAAGGUAAAUUCCAGUGUCAGGUAUGUAACGACAAGUUCAACGACGUGACCGAGUUAAGAAAACACUUGUGGGACGUGCACUGUGCCCAUAAGACCGAGAAGUCCUUUACGGGCGAAGAGUUCCAGUGUGAUGUUUGUUCCACUAUUUUCGCCGAGAAGGAGGCGCUGAAUAUGCAUAUGCAGUGGCACAAGGCGUGUGCUGGCGUAUCUCGAAUCAGACGACCCAGAAAUCAAGGAACCUUCCCGUGUGAAGUUUGCGGGAAGUUCUACAGCUCGAAGAAGGUCCUCUGGAGGCACAAGAAGCUCCACAAAGCCACGACUGUUGCGGCCGUAAAGUUCCAAUCGCUAGGGAAGAAAUCAAUGCCUAACCAGCAUCUGUGCAACAUUUGCCACAAGAUCUUCUGCAGCAACCAGUCAUUGCAGCGUCACAGGAUGAAUUUGCACAGCGACUUGUUCAAUCACCGGCAACAGGCGGUCUACUCAAGCACAAGGAGGAUGUCCCAGGAGGAGCCCAGCUUGAAGAGGAUGAAGCAAGAGGAAGAAGAGGAGGAGGAGGAGGAGGAGGAGGUCCUAUCGAAACCAGCCGUUCUAGCGAAUUCGAUGCAUGCUGGCAAGAAGCCGGUUAUGUGCCACGUGUGCAGGAAGUUCUUCGCGAACAUGAGUGUGCUGUAUAAACAUAAGCAAUUAAUGCAUAGUAAAUCACGAAUGAUGAAAAACGUGGCAAAAGCUUCUACGACUUCGAGCACGCAAUGCAUACCGAUAUCGGGGAGUGAUGGCAAGAUGUCCUGUAACAUUUGUUUUAAGUCGUUCUCUGGCCUGUCGAACCUGCGCCAGCAUUUCACCAUCAAGCACAAGAACAGUCCGCCAAAGUACGCAUGCCCUAUUGACGGAUGUAAACUGAUGUUCCCAUCCCAGUCUACCCUGAAGGCUCACGAGAUGACCCACACGACCAUGAUCUUCAACUGCAAUCUGUGCGGCCGUCAUGUAUUCAACCGACAAGCAAUGACCGACCACAUGCUCACCGCUCAUAACACCGUCUAUGAUGCGGGCAAGAGCAAGAACUUCCAUCGGGAGACUGAUUUGUCACUGUACGUUGUUCAAAACGCAGUGGACGCGACAUGUCCCCAUUGCAAGAUUAAGUAUCCGAACAACAGGGCCAUGAAGAUACAUUACUUCAAGUUCCAUGAUACAGUGAACUAAACUUUUUCAAAAUUUCCGACAGUCUGAACGAACAUUUGACUUGGAUAUACGAGGCGACUUGUAUACCGGGUGUACCGAUUCUACAGGAGCAGCGAUGCUCUCCGAAACGAACGCUGUGCUCUUAACUUUUGUACUCAAAAUCGCGUUCCAUGUUUGUCCGUGUGGCAUAUGAUGAUCGUACGGGUCGCAGGCACACGCAUUACACGCGCGAACAUAGAAUCCGUAUAUACAUAUACAUGAUAAUUGAAACAUACUUGUUUCAACGGUACGUUCCUCAUACCUUCAGCCAGUUUCACUUGUCUCUAACCCUCACGGGAUUAGUUCUCAUUAAAUAUGGGCAAUGCUGACUUGAUCAACGAGGAGUUCUGUAAAUAACCCGCGAUUAUUGUAGAGAGUGAUGAAUGCGAGAGAGAAAGAGAGAGGGGGGCGAGGGGAGGGGAGGGGGAGAAUGAGAGAGAGAAUGAGAGUGAGAAUAAGAGUGAGUGAGCGAGAGAUGGGGGUAGUUAAAUGAGACAGAGAGAGUCUAUCCAUUUAUUUGUUUAAUAUUUUUAUGUCAGUUGUUUACAGUUUUCAAAGACGCCUUUUGACUUUGUUCGUUCCGGAGUCGGUGAUCCUGCUUUUCAUUUUUUAUGGGUCACCGAUCCCGUACAACGAACGUUGUUUUAUAAUGACAGCAUUUCUCGACGUGGCUUAACGCGGGCGUGAUCUUUGCAUCCAGUCUUGAUCAAUUGAUUUUUCUAUUGUUAUUUGAAAAUAUAAUUUUGGUAUUAAUGGUAGGACGAAACGAUUGAUGUCAAGCGAAGAUCGCUCGUGUUUGAACCUGUCGAUCUACAUACUGCAUUAUCAUCAAUGAAUUUCGGUUGCGCGAUCUCUACUACAAACGAAUAUACACAAUUGUUUGUUCUUUUCUGUUUUUCUUCUUCGUUAUAAAUGAUGAAUAGUGGGAGGCGAUGUUACUACGUGAUCGCAUUGGACGCAUUUAACGCGGAGCGGAACGCAUGUAUUGACGAAGGACAGAUUACGUGAAGUUUGUACAGUACAAUAUUGGUGUACGAUGGAUGAUGAUCCGCAUCCUUGACGUUGUGGAUCGCAAUUUGAGUUAACAUUACUGUAUCAGACGUUAGGAUCACGAGAACUAUUUUUUUUUAAUUUUAUUAUAACGGAUAUUAUUUGAUUUUAUUAUAACGGAUACUUGUAUAUGCAAUGUGUAAGCUGUAGCGUUUUGCAUAUAGUGAACAAAUAAAGGGAGGACUAAUAUGUGUAGAUUUUCGAUUUUUUAAGCAUCAUGAUUUCUUUUUCGUGGAAGGUUCGCCAUUUUAUACUUGCGUUAUGAUUUUAGAAUGUAACGUAACAUUUGUUACUGAAUUCUCGAGUUGUUUCAGAAGUUAGAUUUAGAACUAUAUUUAAAAUGUGUCGAUUCUUUUGUUAGUUCGUGAAAGAGGGGAGAUCGAGAAGGAAAGUUAUAGUGUGGCUCUCGGGUAGCGUGACUUAACCUCAAAGGCAAUCGAUACAUUCUUAAAAGAAGUCAAACUACCUUGCAUACAUUCGAUGAAAAAUUUCACUAUCGAUCAUUGUUCCUGUAUUUUGAUAAUGAAAGCAAUAAGUGUUUUAAAAGCUUAGAUACUAUCAGGAAGAAUCCUCUAAUUAACUGGACGAGUUAGAUGAUUAGAGCAGCUAACCUAGAUACCAACUGUUUCAAUUCGAAUCAUUGUUUAUUUAAAUUCUAUUUAUAAAGUUGUCUUAGUCUGAGAAAGGAUUUUAGAGAGUUUAAUGUCAUUGAUUUAAAGCGAUUAAUUAGAGAGCUGAAAAACCCUAAAGUCCUUCACGAGUAGGUCUUAAUUACACAUAACAGAUUCCGUUAUGCUUAAUAGUUUCCUACACGCCUGAUCUUAUCAUUUAGCUACUAUCCGACUUAACAAAGAAAGUAUCUCCUCCUUAGAUUGAUUAAUAGAUUUCAAUUAACUGAGUUUUGGUUUAAUCGUUGAUUGCUUCACUGAUGAUUCAACUAACAAGGUUCAGACUACACAAUGAUCCUCCUUUUUCCUUCUUAAUUUUUUCACAUCUAACGUAACAAUUAUAAUUUGUAUACAAUAUCACUCAACGAUUGUACUCGUUAAUAGAUCUACAAAUUAGGACCGACACUCCAAGCGCUGUAACUCGAAUUAAUUUAUAAAGAUAUGAUCAUGAAAGGGCACAAUGAAAGAUUUCGAUGUCAGUAGAUGAAAGUCUCCAACCUUGCUAACUAAACGACUCAGUAGAAUACGUCGCAGCAUAUCAGAGUCCCUAAAUCGCUAGAAGCCUCAGUGAUCGAUAGAAUUUCGGUCGGAUCAUCUAUUUCGAGUGGCAUAUUUUAAACGCACGUUUUAACUGUAAACUUUGCUGCCUGGAGUUUGCUUUUAAAAAUCAAUCGGGCGUACUCCGCGAGCAGCGUUGUCCAGAGAAUGCCUGGAAUUCAAUGAUGUGCCACUACUAGGGGAUCAACCGAGAUGCACCGGGACACGUUGAACCAUUCCGCCUACCGUUAACUUUCUUACGGCAGAUGCUCGAAACGAUAAUUACACUCCCGCGAUUCUCGUUCCGCGCUACGAUUGUUCGGAACAGUUUUUUCCUGCCGUUUUUACCGAAAAGAACGAAUCGUAUGAAUAUAUAUGUAUAUAUAUAUAGGAACAUACGUACAUAUAUAUAUAUAUUUCUGUAUACUGAUACGCUUUUUUGUAUAAUAUUUUUAAACUUCGAGGAAAUGGUUCUAUAGGCCAUAAUCUUGGCGAAACGACACCAAGCUGCAGCGCACGCACUUGUUACUGUUCCGUUUGUUGCGAACGAGGAAACAGAUUUUACCAUGAAUAAUACAGAAAC